GUAAUGCGGAAAUGUUGGAUUUUUUUUAUUUUUAUCUCUUACUUUUGGGCACAUUUUAAGGACUGUUUUGUUAAUUCACACAGGGGCAGAUUAAAAUCCGGAAAUCUCAACCAACAUUUAAAUAUUUGGAGAAAAGAACCCGAACAAGGGCGUCACGUGGGGAGUCUAUUGCGGUCCUCCCAGGGGCCCCCUGUCAUUUAGGCUCUUAAAGAGCCCAGAGACCUAAACGGUACCAGGAUAAAGACAGAACACAGCUGCGGUGUCGCUUGUUGACAAAAUGUGGCUUCGAGAGGAGCUUCUGAAAGCCAUCUGGCAUGCAUUCACAGCCCUGGAUGUGGAUCAUCGAGGGAAAGUCUCCAAAUCUCAGUUAAAGGUGCUGUCCUACAACCUGUGCACAGUAAUGAAGAUCCCCCAUGACCCAGUGAGCUUUGAGGAACAUUUCAAGGAAGAUGAUAAAGGACCUCUUUCUACUGAGGGAUACAUGCCGUACCUCAACAAGUACAUUUUGGACAAGGUUCAGGAGGACUUUGACGUGCUGGAGUUCUACCGGAUGUGCUGGACCUUGUGCUACAACAAAAACUUUCAUCCUCAGCGUCUGAUCAUCUCAGAUAAUGAUGCAUUCAAAGUCUGGUGCAUUUUUAACUUUCUGUCAGAAGACAGAUACCCGCUGGUGGUGGUUUUUGAGGAGGUUGAGUAUUUUUUGCGAAAGCUGACUGAGGCCAUGGGAAUGGGAUGGUGUGAGGAAAAGUUCACUGACUACAUGAAACAGAAGAAAAGGAAGAACUGGCUGACUGUCUGGGAGCUGAUGGAGCUGGUGGGGGUGAUCUACUUCAGCAAAGACGUGGACCGCCAUACUCUGUCCAUGAGCAUCAAUGAAGUGUUUUCAGAGCUCAUACUGGACAUCCUCAAGCAGGGUUACAUGAUGAAGAAAGGCCACAAGCGGAAGAACUGGACAGAGCGUUGGUUUGUCCUUCGACCCACUUCGCUGUCCUACUACGUUUGUGAAGACCUCACAGAGAAGAAGGGGGACAUCAUUCUGGACCAAAGCUGCUGCGUGGAGUCUCUGCUUGAUAGAGAUGGAAAAAAAUGCCUUUUCAUUAUCAAGUGCGUCGAUAAAAGCUUUGAGAUCAGUGCUUCGGAUAAAAAGAAGAAGCAGGAAUGGAUUCAAGCUAUACAGACGUGCAUCCAGCUGCUGAGGCUCGGCCUGCUGUCUCCCCACCGUGAGGCCCGGCUCAGGCGUCGGGAGCUCCGGCAGAAGCAGCUAAUGGAUGAGGAAGACCUGGCAGAGAGGAUGAAGAAUCUCCAGGCGGCUAAUGAGGCCAAACAGAGGCAACUGGAGGAGAUGAGGAUGAAAAUGGAAGAGGUCCAGGCCAAAGCAACACUGGAGGAGCUCAGGAGGCAAAAAAAACAGUCAGACCUGCACGAUCGAUACAGAUUAGACUUGGAGAGAGAAAAAAUGGUACGGCAGGAGAUGGAGGAGCAGAUGGCUGCGAAGUCCAGCGAGCUGGAGCAGUACCUUCAGCGGGUCAGAGAACUUGAAGACAUGUACCACCGAUUGGAGGAGGCCUUAGAGGAUGAGCGACAGGCCAAGCAGGAUGAGGAAGCCAUGAGGAAGCUGCAGGCCAGAUUAUUGGAAGAGGAGGCGGCAAAGAGGGCGGAGCUGGAGCAGAUCUACCUGAAACAGCAGAAGGAGCUUUCUCAGACGGAGGCGGAGAAGGAGGAGCUGAUGGCUGAGCAGCUGGCCAAGGAGAAGGAGUUGCGAGCAGCAUCAGAGCAGCUGGACAGGCUGGAGAGGGAGCGGCAGGGGGCGCUGGAGCAGUACCAGGAGGUAUCAAGAAAACUGGAGCGAGCAGCAAACAAGACUAAGACUUGGAAAGAUAAAGUGGCCAAACAUGAGGGGUUGGUUCGUCUCAUCCAGCCAGGUGACAAAGGACCUCAGAGGAUCACUAACUGGGGCCCAGCCUCAUUCACUGAUGUUGAGCUGGAGCUGAGGAAGAAGUCCUGGCAGGAGAAGAAGAACCAAGGAGCUCAGGCUCAGUGAUUGAUCGAGCGCCUUUUAGUCAGUCAGUUAGUCGGCAGAUUGAGGUUUCUUGAAGCAGAGAGGCACCACUUUAAAGCUAUUAAAUGAAGAGCAACACAUUAUAUUAUUUUUCUCUGCAAGAAAAUCAUAUCAUACACAACUGACUUUUUAAGAAGAAGAUGAAAAAUAUAUUUUACUAUUAAAUUACUCAUUUCUAAUCUUUCUAUUAGUCUCCAGAAACAUUUUAAUCAGUGGUAUAAACCCGUAACUAUCCUUUAAUGUCAGAAAUUCCCAUUUCCAUUUAUUUAUACUUAAGUCAACACCUUUCUGUGCCUCACUAAUUAGUGUUAUAAGGUGGUUAAUUACAAUAAAUACAGAAACUGGAAGGUCUUUUGAUAUUUGGCAAAAAAAAAAAAAAGUUAAACGCAGAACUGUUAAAAUAGUUUUUGUUUUAUUAAUAAAGACCAUUCGGUUUUAUAAGGAUAUUGAGGAUUGAUUAUUUUUUUAUUUCCCUGUUAAUUGUUUAAAACAAAAACUUGCGUGUUUAUGAUCUGUCCACUAGGUGGCAGCAUGAGGAUGACACAAUUUUUGAUAGUUCUGAUAUGAGUAAAAGU